GGGCUGGUGGUCUCUGUGCUUCUGGUGGCUGCUCCACGAGGUGCGGUGGGCCAAAGCACCGAAGCAACGACAGUUGUACAGAUGCUCUCCAUUGACGCGAAGGACCCCUUGUCUACUAAUCACAUUAGGAAGGCAGCUGGUGUGGGCUUCUUGGCAUGGCUCUAUUCACGUGGGUACGUUGUUUUGCGAUGCUGACGAGGAGGCCCGUGCUUCAGCGGAUGAGGAGAGCUUCUUGCCACAUCGGUGCGACGCUGCUGUAGUUUUCGUAGUUCAUGCGGUGGUGGCCGGUCCUUUUUCUUCUCGUGCGGAGGCUGGCGUGUUGCUGUGCGCAUCUGUUGGCGUCUCUGCUGGUAGGCGGCGCCUGGACGCGUCUGCGAGUGACGCGACGUUGCCGGACGCCACCCUUGUGGUGCCGAUGCGGCUGACGUGUUGUGGACGCGGCGCCUUGUUUUCGAUCCGGGACGUCUGGGCGAUAAUGUGGAGGGCACUGCCAUGA